AUGGCGAUCGAGAUUGUUCCGCUGGCCCAGGGGGACAUACCUGGGGCUGUAGACUGUGUGCAGAAAGCAUUUUCGGAUGAUCCUUAUUUUCGAUGGGCAUUUGAUGAUCCAUCCAAGUUCAACAUCCAACGAAACGCAGCCUCCCUCGCAGCCCAUUUUCAAUACGGCAUUAACUGCGACUGCCCCAUAUAUGUCGCUAAAAUAACCCGUGCCGCGAAUGAGACCAAAAACGACCUCGAAGUCCGUUUACCACCGGGAACAGUGGUCGGAGUUGGCUGGUGGUAUUCGCCACAGGCUCCUUCAAGACCACAGACUUGGUCUGUCUGGGCUCAAGAAUGGCUUCUCUCUUUCCGCCAACUUAUGAACAAUAUUCUCUUCUUUGGGCGUGGGGGUCUGAAUGUGCGCCGAUACUGGAUCUGGAAGCAGGUGCAACAAACUGCCCAUGAUUCUAUCUGGCAAGAUCCUCGUGGAUAUUACUUUUGCAAUGUUGUCGGUGUGAACUCCGAGGCUCGUGGCAUGGGCGUGGGAAAGAAGCUCAUGGAACGUGUGAUGGAGAAGGCCGACCAGGAGGGAAUGCCGUGCUACCUUGAGAGCUCUAAAGGUUAUCCCAAUGUGUGCAUCUAUGAAAAGAUGGGAUUCGAGCUCGUCAGGGAGAUUGACAUUUGA